AUAAGCAUUGGAAUAUUGGAUUGCGAGCGGUUUUGACUCUGAAACACACUGCUGAACGGAGCAGGCGUGCAUAGUUUAUAGUUUAUAGUUGCAUUCUGCUUAAUCCGAAUGAAUAAAAGCAGUGGAAAAUAAACAAAAGAAAGGGCUCUAGGGCUUAAAGUGGUCGCCGGUGAUACAGUAAAAAUAAAUGGAGAAUCGCUGCAAAUUCUGGCUUCCAAAAAAGAACAGAUUCUGUGCUAACGCCCCUCUUCACAAUUCCUCGUUUUGUGGUAAUCACACUCCGAGGACCGCUGGCCAGUGGAUCCCAUGUCCGAUUGACCCUUCCCACUCUUUGCUUCAGGAAAAUCUGGAAGGACAUGUAAAGAGAUGCCCAUUACUUAAACAAGUUCAAUCUUUGAGCACCCGACCUUUCUACCAAAAGGGUGUUAAUGCUGGCAAAGAUGAUGAACAAAAGGAACCGGAAACGUUAAUACCCACUUCAGGGUCUUUUGAUAAUGUUUCCUCUGAAAUGAAAAGAAAUGCUCUUUAUAGUUUGCACUUAUCCGAAUUCUUCGAGCUAAUUAGAAAGAUCGAGUCAGUUCAUGCUCAAAUUUGUAAGGAUAUUAAAGACUCCUAUAAGAUACCUGAAGCUUGUGGUAUAUGGAUUAAGAGAGAAGUAGACAGGAAAUUACCAUUUCAAGAGAAGCAUGUUAUGCAACAGGCCUCAAUUCUUGGGAACCUGGAAGAAUUUGGGGUUUUGGAAAGUUCCGUUGGCAAGAAACAGUGUGGAGGUGUGGAGGUGGAGCAAGUUGAAAAUAGCAAUGGUGUUCCUGCAGUGGUUGAGUUUGGAGCAGGGAGGGGAUACUUGACACAAAUGCUUGCAGAUUGCUAUGGUAUUGGAAGGGUAUUUCUAGUUGAGAGAAAGUCAUACAAGCUGAAGGCUGAUCGGUCUUUGCGACAGAAAGAGAGCUUGAUAUUAGAGCGUUUGAGAAUAGACAUCGAGGAUUUGAACUUGAAUGCUGUUGAGUCAUUGCAAGGACUUCCUUAUGUAGCUAUUGGCAAACAUCUCUGUGGCCCUGCAACUGAUUUGACACUCAGAUGUUGCCUGGCAAAUCAAAGGAAUGAUGACCGAUGCAGAGGUAAUUGUCACCUGAGAGGUCUGGCGGUAGCAACAUGCUGCCAUCAUCUUUGCCAAUGGAAGCACUAUAUAAAUAAAAAAUACUUAACCCAUUUGGGAAUCAGUAAGGAAGAAUUCCAUGCAAUUACAUGGUUUACCAGCUGGGCAGUAGAUGCUGAUCAUGGUUCAGAUCUUUCUGAUGUUACUGAUUUCAAAUUGCAUCCAGAUUCAAUUGGCAGUGGCAGUGAAAAGGAAGAACAUAGUGGAGAUGCAAAUGGAGUCGAAGGCAUGGCAAGGAAUAUGAAAGCUAUUGAGAGGGCAAAGUUAGGUUUUAUGUGCAAGCAGAUAAUUGAUAUGGGAAGGUUGAUGUGGGUCAAGGAACAUGGAUUAGUAACUCAGCUUGUUAAGUAUGUUCCAGCAACCAUCUCUCCAGAAAACCAUCUAUUGAUUGCCAGACAUGUUUGUCAUUUCUAAGAUGCCAUGGUUUUGGUUUUCUUCCCUUUUUUCUUCUCCCCAUAUUUGUUUGUACAACUAAAAACAGCAAUUUUGUUAAAGUUUAUUGUUGUACUGAAUUUAUGUGCAUCCUAUUCUUUUAGAAUAUUAUGCAGUAGAACUUGUGAUCUA